AUGGCCGUCGCUUCCGCGUGGGCCAAGCCUGGCUCUUGGGCCCUCGCCGCCGAGGAGCAGGACGAACUGCCCCCGCUGGCUCCGCUCGUCGUCCCCGCCGCUGACUUCCCCGACCUCGCCACCGCCGCCACCACCAAGGUCCCCAAGAAAAAGAAGGCCCAGCCCAUCCCUCUUGCCGAGUUCAACACGGGCAAGUACGUUCUGCACUCCUCUCGCAGGCCCGCCUCCGAAGAGAUUCCCGACCUCCCCAAGGAGGAGCUCGCGAGCGCACCGAGGAGGAGCUCGCGAACACUCGCGGCUUCGGGGCCGCGCGCUGGGGCGGUGCCGGAGGAGGUCCCCGUAGUUCCGACGAGCCGCGGCGCGGGGGAUCAGACCGCGAGGACAUCGCCCCGUCGCGCGCAGAUGAGGCUGACGAUUGGGGUGCUGGCAAGAAGCCCUUAG